CCACUAGUAAGCGAUCCAUGCAUAUCAUCAAGCUGGACAGCUCCUGGCAGUCAGCAACUCACCACUAAUCGUUUACGUAGAAGAAAGCUUUGUAGAGAUCAUGGACGAGGCGCCGGAUUCCGAGUGGAUAACUGCCGAAGUCAGCACCGGGACAACCAUUAUUGCUGCAGAAUUUGAUGGAGGAGUGGUCAUUGGCUCAGACUCAAGGGUGACAGCAGGGGAAGCUAUUGUGAAUCGUGUGAUGGACAAAGUGUGCCGACUCCAUGACAAAAUCUACUGUUCUCUCUCAGGCUCAGCUGCAGAUGCACAGGCUAUCGUAGAUAUUAUAAGCUACCAAAUGGAGCUGCACGGUGUUCACAUGGGACAGCCACCUCUUGUUCGAGCUGCUGUAACCUGUGUUAAAGAUCUCUGCUACAAAUACAAGGAAGAACUGUCAGCCCACCUACUUAUAGCAGGGUGGGACCACAAAUACGGUGGACAGGUUUACGGCACCCUUGGAGGUAUGAUGAUCAGACAGCAGUUUGCUAUAGGUGGCUCAGGAAGCAGUUAUAUUUAUGGCUUUGCUGAUUCUACCUUUAAACCAGGGAUGACAAAAGAAGAAUGCCUCAAAUUUGCAAAAUGUGCUCUUGCUCUGGCAAUGAACAGAGAUGGGUCCAGCGGUGGAGUCAUUUACCUAGUAACAAUUACCAGUAAAGGAGCAGAAGACAUGAUUAUCACAGGCAAAGAUAUCCCUCAAUUUUAUGAAGACUGAAUGAAACAUUCUAAUUUCUUGGAUCAAAAUCAGAACAGUCCAUCUCUAUAUUUUUUCAUUAAAAUAUGUUAUUAAUUCUGUGAAUGUAUUGGUCAAACACUACCACCAACUAUACUAUAGCUUAAAUGUAGCUGGGUGAUUGACUGUUACUGAGCUGUACAAAAAACUUUAAUUCUGUGACCUGUUGUAGCCAGAGGUUACAAAUGUUGUAUCAUCUUUUGUCUUCUUACCAAGAUUUAUGGACUUUGGGAGUAGAUGUUUAAAAUUUUGAGUUUUUGGGUGAGGGCACAGGGUCCUGCAAGAGAAAUCUGAAUUCUUUCUUUUGGAAGUUUUAGCUGAAGUCAGCAAUGGUGAAGAAUUUUUCUUUCUUAUUAUAUGGAAGAAUAGUUGGGGAAGAUUAUACUUUGAAGAAAACUGUAUGUGAAAUGAGUUGCAAAAGAUAAAUGUGUAAAGAAGCACUUUAUCAGCACACUUUAUAAUGAACAGAAUAUUAGUUUGAAUUCAGUUUAUACUUCAAGAGUGUAUACGAAAUAGGUAUUUAGAUAUCACAAGGUCUGUCACCCAACAGUCUGUCUUCAGAUGACUGUCAGCCAUGGAAAACUGGCUUCUCCUUAUUUUCAUUCUUUUUUUUAAUUGACUAGGGCUUGAGCGUAAUUAAUCCUUUGAAGCUGGUAUUCAGAGCUGUGCCUGGCUCAUCUAGCACCACAUGACAUUCCCUGAUCUCACAUCUGUCACCUCUUAGCUGAAGAGCAAAAAAAGGUCCAUUCUGAAAUCUGGUGCUCUUCAGGUCACUACAUCUCUUCUAAGGAGAAGCGCUAGGUCCUUUUUGCCUAUCCCAUUUGUUCUGGGGAGGAGCGCUAUCUCAAAGUGAACAAGAAAAAAAAUAAAAAUAAAAAACUGGAGCAAACUGCUUGCUGCAACUUCACAAGUGAAGCACUGAAACAAGUGUUUCACUCCUGAUGGCAGAAGCAGUAGCCAUAACAGAAAUGAAUGUGAGUACUGCAAUCGCUGACCCUAAUACUUUCAUCAGGGGCAGCUGCUCCCUUCAGCCCACCUUAGCUACGCUUCUUCUGGUAUUGAUAAAAUCAUGCUGCUCUUAAGCCAUGGCAUAUGCACAGCAGAAUCAGUGAGGAAGUUAAGCUGCAAAAGAUAAUGAUCUGUACUCUGGGUACCCUAGAAAGGAAGGGAGAAUUGGAGUAACUGGAUGGGCCAUUAUAUCCCUGUCUGUCACCAGUUUCUGUUAGUAUACCAAGUAUUUGAAACUGCUGUCUAAUAAUCUUCAGUGUUCACUUGACUGGUUUAUUGGAUUGCAAACAUAUUGCCUUUCUCAGGAAACCUACUGUUUAUCUGUGGUCAGUUGACUGAGGCCCACACUAUCACCACUGCAAGAUUGGCAGCAUCUUGUAAAGGUGGUUAGACUAAGAGAAAAAGUGUGAAAAUGAGAGCUGUUUUUUUUUUUACUUUCCUCAUCUUCUCCAUGUUUGUGCAAUUUGUUGAUCUGUCAGUAUGCACAAGCAUUAUAGGUGAUUGAUGCAGAUACAUCAGAAACGUAACAUAAAAUUCAGUGAAUCAAAACUACAACUGAUCUCAAAAAUUUAUUUUUAUGAUCAGUAAAUCACACACUUUGUCCAAGUAAUGAUAGUGUUAUAAGGAUGUUUCCCAAUGUGAGGUAUAGGAUUGGGGUUAGAGUCAGGUACAGUGGUUAGGGUUAAUGCACAUUAGUAAGGAUGUGAAGAGGGGCUAAUUGUACAUUCAUAAGUAGGAACAAUUGCGAGCCAAAUAUUCACCCACUGAGAUGCCUCAUGCUAAAAACCUUGUAGUCAUCCUUAUGUCCUUACUGUUGUGUCAAAACUCCAAAGUAGCUGACUGCAUCCUGUGAUGGUACAAUAGUCAGCAAAAACAAAUUUGGAAUUGAUGGUGUGUCUCUGUUCCUGAAUGUCUGUCUGUCUGUCUCUCUCUUAAUAUUCUGCCUUCACCCAUUUAUUCAUAGUCAGCAGCUGGUUGUACUGCAAAGAGCAGAAGAAUGCAAUUCUGUCUUAUUUCCAUGGGAGAGUCCAGAAAGGAUUAUAUGAAGUGGAAGAAAUGUGGGGGUACACCCAAGUGUAAUGGUAUAUAAGGUACAAUCCCUCUAUAAGACACUUUAUUAUAUGUUUCUCUUCUUUAAAUGGUUACUUAUGCCUCAGAUGGCUUUUAGAAGCUUGGUGAAAAUGUUUCAAAAGCAAAUUGUCAAAAUACAAUGCUAAUGAUUUACUUUAUUUUAAAUGCUAAUUAUUGCUAAACUGUUUACUUCAACAUGUUUGGGCUUCUUUUCCUCAUGGGCAAAGGUCAAUGCAGAGUAUUGGUGCCAAAAAAAUUGAAGUGCAGUGCUUAAUAAAAAGAAAAUACCUUAGUUUAAAAUAAAAUUGUUAAAUCCCAAUCAGCUCAAGAACACAGGUUGUACGCAUUUCGUGUGGUGGUUAGAUUAAUACAUUGCUAAACUAAACAGUUCUAAAAAAUGCUCAGAACUACAGCCAUCUAAAAAAACUCCUUUAAUUUUUGUAACUAUUGGGAUUAGGUGCUCAACAGAACUAAUGCAAUUUGCAUUUCGUAAAAAAAAAAAUAAUAAUGUUCUGUAAUAAAGAAAUAUAGAUGUUA